CGCCUUUCACAGACGUUCAGGGACUUUAUGGGAAGGGCACGGGGCGGUUCUUUAAAAUAAGUGUAGGCUACUGUAUGCAAAAGAGACAGCUCGCGGAAAGGUUCUCAACACCUCGAACAUCAAUAACAUCAUUAACCCUUACACAAGGAACCACGGCAAAGCCUCCUGAUUGGUCGGACUGCAGCUUCUGCAGCCCAGCGAUUGGCUGAAGCCCUGCCUGUGGCGACCUCCUCGACAGCUCCGCGCUCCGUGACUGGCCGGCCUCUCUCCCCGUCUCCUCUGUGAUUGGCUACCGCCGACCCCCCCCGCCCCCUUAUCCGCUUUGCCUCGCCGGUCGCCGGGCAGAAGAGGGGUAGAUGGAGUGCGUGUACGCGUCGGGCAUGGCCGCCAAGCUGAGGAGCCAGUGGGACCGCGACGAGGGCCUGGGGCAGAACCACAACGCCGUCAAGUACCUGGGCCAGGACUUCGAGGCGCUGCGGGCCCAGUGCCUGCAGGCGCGCCGGCUGUUCGAGGACGACGCCUUCCUCGCCCAGCCCUCCUCCCUGGGCUUCAAGGAGCUGGGCCCCCGCUCCUCCAAGAUACAGGGGGUCCGCUGGAUGCGCCCCACGGAGAUAUGCCACAACCCACAGUUCAUUGUGGGCGGAGCCACUCGCACCGACAUCUGCCAAGGAUCUUUAGGUGACUGCUGGCUGCUGGCGGCCAUCGCCUCUCUGACGCUGAACGAGAACCUGCUGCACCGGGUGGUGCCCCACGGGCAGAGCUUCCAGAGCCACUACGCGGGCAUCUUCCACUUCCAGAUUUGGCAGUUUGGGGAGUGGGUGGAUGUGGUGAUUGACGACAGGCUCCCGGUGAAGGACGGAAAGCUGCUGUUUGUCCACUCGGCCGAGGGCGAAGAGUUCUGGAGCGCCCUGCUGGAGAAAGCCUACGCAAAGCUGAACGGCUGCUAUGAGGCCCUCUCCGGAGGCAGCACGUCGGAGGGCUUUGAGGACUUCACGGGCGGGGUGACGGAGAUGUACGAGCUGAGGAAGGCUCCCCCAGACCUCUUCAGCAUCAUCGGCCGAGCCAUAGAGCGAGGCUCUCUGCUGGGCUGCUCCAUAGAUAUCACUGACACCCGUGACAUGGAGGCGGUGACUUUUAAGAAGCUGGUGAAAGGUCACGCCUACUCCCUAACAGCAGUAGAGGAGGUGAUGUACAGAGGCACUCCCACUAAGUUGGUUCGGGUGCGGAACCCGUGGGGUGAGAUGGAGUGGACGGGCGCCUGGAGUGAUAACUCGAGAGAAUGGGACGGUGUGGACAGUUCUGCCCGAGGCCGGCUACAGAACCGCAGUGAGGAUGGAGAAUUCUGCCACCAUGAAGAAUGUCGAGAGUUCCUGGGGGCGGGAGUUCGACAGGCUGAAGACUCAGAGCGAGUGGGGCGGGGCAGCGGGCGGGGCUGCAGGAACUUCCCUGCGACGUUCUGGAUCAACCCGCAGUUCAAGCUGGCCCUGCAGCACCCCGACACGGCGGGCGGGACCAACUGCAGCUUCCUGGUGGCGCUCAUGCAGAAGGACCGCCGCCGCAAGCGCAAGGAGGGCCAGGACAUGGAGACCAUCGGAUUCGCCGUCUACGAGGUUCCCCGUGAGUACGUGGGGCAGUCGGCCGUGCACCUGAAGCGGGACUUCUUCCUGACGCACGGGUCGAGCGCGCGCUCCGAGACCUUCAUCAACCUGCGGGAGGUGAGCACGCGCUGCCAGCUCCCCCCGGGGGAGUACAUCAUCGUCCCCUCCACCUACGACCCCCAGAAGGAGGCCGACUUCGUGCUCAGGGUCUUCUCCGAGAAGCCGGCCAACUCCGAGGAACUGGAUGAUGAAGUCACAGCUAAUAUUCCCGAUGAGCCCCAGCUGGAUGCGAGCCAGAUUGACGCUGGCUUCAAGAGCUUGUUCAGACAGCUGGCUGGAGAGGACAUGGAGAUCAGUGCAACCGAACUGGAGGUUAUUCUUAACAGGAUCAUCAAAAAGCAUAAGGACCUGAAGACGGAUGGAUUUGGACCAGAUGCCUGUCGCAGUAUGAUCAACCUGAUGGACACAGACGGCAGUGGGAAGCUGGGUUUGACCGAGUUUCACGUUCUCUGGGAGAAAAUUAAGCGAUACCUGAAAGUGUUUAGGGACUUUGACCUGGAUAAAUCUGGCACUAUGAGCUCCUAUGAGAUGCGCUUGGCUCUUGAAUCAGCAGGGUUCAAGCUGACCAAUCACCUGUUCCAGCUGAUCAUCCUCCGUUACACAGAGGCUGACCUGACUGUGGACUUCGACAACUUCGUCACCUGUCUGGUGCGCCUGGAGACCAUGUUCAAGACUUUUAAGACAAUGGACACAGAUGGCGAUGGUGUAAUAUCACUGAACUUCUUCCAGUGGAUCUCCAUGACCAUGUUUGCCUAGGAGGAGAGUCGGACGCGCCGUGGCUCGCACCCGGGCCUGCCGCCGUCUCCGGACUUUCACAAAGUGCCUUCCUUUUUAACUUUCGCUUCCUCGGGUGGCGGUGGCCUUGACUUCCUGUUUUUAAUGCCCCUUUUGUUUACACCGCCUCUCCCUUGUGACCGGUGUGCCAAAAUGUUUUUUUUAAUUUUUUAUUUUUUUUAUUUUAAGUGUCUCGUUAAACAAAAAAAAGGGACAGCUUUGCCCCGUUGUCUCUGCUUUUAAGAAACAGUCGCAAAGAGCGAAGACACGAGAGCUGAAUUCAAAUACUGCCUCGCAGCUUAUUUGGCAGGACCUUUUCUGUUUUUUUUUGUGCCAAACGGAUUGCCAUUGUCUCUUUCAGUCGUCGGUCAGCGAAGGAGUCUUUCUUUCUGAAGGUGCUGCCGAUAAUCGAGGCGGGAUAAGGCGUUCAGAAUCAUCGCAGGACUUUGCAUGUAGUGUUUACUGCCUCAUACUCAUACAGCAUUACAGGGGAUAAAGACACCAACCAAGUUUACAGGCUGCAGACCAAUCAAGGUGGUGGGGGAGGGGAGUGCGGUGUUUGGGGGUGGGAAAGGGGAAGAGGGGGGGGGGUAAUACUGAGACACUCAUCAUAAAUACUUUUCUACAUCAACAGAAGGGUUAAAAAAACAUACGGGUUCUCCACAGUCUGUUCUUUAAACAUAGUUCCACAGAGAUAGAGAGAGUGCCAAGAACCAUCUAGCCUUCCCACAACCCCAUUGUAAUCAAUAAAAGAGCUUUUCUGCAAUGUUUUCACAUGGUGUGUCUGUUUACGUUUUUAAAAAACCUAUAAACAGGCCUGCCUGGGGUAUGACUGCAGUUCUAUGAUGUCAAAUUGUUUUUUUCCUUUUGUCUUUUUUCCACAUUUUUUAAAUAUGAAAAUGAAAUAAAUACAUUUGAAGGCC